CAACUCGGUCCUGACGUCAUUGGUCCCUGUGCAACCCUGCUGCUGUACCUUUGAUUGGAGGGAAACCCCGUGCAUGAGCGGGAGAGAUCGUCAGCUGUGCGGCCGGGAAUCAGCAGGAACGUCGCUAAACUAUAUACACAGCCUACACAGGAGCCAUGGCAGACAAAGAGGAGCUGGUACAGAAGGCCAAACUGGCGGAGCAGGCUGAGCGCUAUGAUGAUAUGGCCGUAAACAUGAAGGCUGUUACAGAGGAGGGCACAGAGCUCACCAAUGAGGAGCGCAACCUGCUCUCUGUUGCUUACAAGAACGUGGUGGGGGCCAGACGGUCCUCCUGGAGGGUGGUGUCCACCAUGGAGCAAAAGUCUGACGACAGUGGGAAGACUGCCCUGUCCAAGGAGUACAGAGAGAAGAUAGAGAAGGAACUGAAUGAAAUCUGCCAGGAAGUACUGGACCUGCUCGACAAGCACCUGAUUCCUAAAGCCACUGCUGCUGACAGUAAAGUCUUUUACCUGAAGAUGAAGGGAGACUAUUACCGCUACCUGGCUGAGGUGGCUACAGGAAGCAAAAAGGAAACCAUCAUUCAAAGUUCGCAAGACGCGUACCAGAGCGCCUUGGAUAUCAGCUACAAGGACAUGGAGCCCACUCAUCCCAUCCGCCUCGGCCUCGCUCUUAACUUCUCUGUCUUCUACUAUGAGAUUGUCAACUCGCCUGAGAAGGCUUGCCAACUGGCCAAGACGGCUUUUGAUGAUGCCAUUGCCAAGCUGGACAACCUCCAAAGUGAGUCCUACAAAGACAGCACUUUGAUCAUGCAGCUGCUCCGUGACAAUCUGACACUGUGGAUGUCAGACACCCAAACUGAAGGCGAUGGAGAUGGAGAUGGAAAUGGAGAUGAAGAGGGAGAGGGAGAGGCAGAUGACUCGGACCAAAAACACGAGAAGAAGUGAACUUCAGACAAAUAAACCACAACACACAUUUUUUACCUCUCACCAGCCUAAGUUGUGUGCGUGGUUGUGUGUGCACAUACAUGCACAGAGAUGUAUGUUUACACUCCACUCACAAUGUGUAAAGUACAGUGUGUGUGUGCAGAUACAUUGGUGUGGGUGUCUGUGUGUGUGUGUGUGCGCGCGCGCAUGUGUUUGUUAAACGUAUGAGCACCUCCUCCACAGAGAAAAGAAUGGAAAAGUGGUUUCUCUCUCCUUUUUCUUUUGAACAAUACUCAUUAUGUGAACCAGUGGAUGUUUAUUUUUAGAUUCUUUUGUCCAAGAUUUAGUCCAGAUUUAUUCCCUCAUUUACAUCCAAGUCAGCCCUACAAUAUUUAACUUUAUCCACUGUAGCAAACUGCUGCUGAUGCAGGAAAACAAAAACAGAAAACCUCUAACCGUAACUUUGAUAAUUUGUAUGUUUUUACUUGAACAUAUACAAUCUUUGUGACACUUCUGUCUACAGAACACGUUUAAAGCACAUCAACUGUAAAAACUCGCGGCAGUGUGAAUUUCAGUUCUCAUCUGACAGCAGCAGUGAUCUUAGAGAAGGCAAGGUUGCCCUCAGUAAAGGCGUAUUUACCGUUCUGCUUGUGUCCAUCCCAUUCUGUCAGUGUCCAUUGUAGCAGGUAGUGAUUUUCUGGAUGGUACAUGUGUCAUGGUUCAGUGUGUUCCAAGUGCAUUCAGGUGUAAGAGAGGUUUUCUGUGUGAACGGGCCAUCUGCGAAACCUGUAGUUAAACUUUGGUUCAUAGUUUUGUUGAGAGGAUUGCAUUUCAUUCUAAAGACAUCUUUUCACUCUGAAGUGUAAAGACUAUUAUUUUCUGCAAUUUUCCAUACAACACAAAGUAUAGACAGCCUAAGAUACAGUUAACAACUUGACAAUAUGGCUUGAUACUGUAACUUUUUGAUAUUUUAUCUUUUCAGCAGUGCACAGGAUACUUUUGCCAUGUGCUUUUAUGUGGCUUUCUACUCUUUUUCUAUUCAGGUGUUUUUGUAUUUUCUUUUUGUGUGUUUUAUCCCCCCUUGAAUCUUGAUUUGACUCCUGGAAUGUAUGUUUCUCAGUACUAUGGUGUGAGGGUUAGGCGUGCUUUGAUACUGGCAGUUUUUGCUUAGGAUUUAGCUCGAACCUAAUGGUUUCCAAUUACAUUUUCUUUUCUUCAAGACUACAUUGUGGAAAGACGAACAUCAAUAAAUAUAAACGGAUUAUGAAAAAGUACUUUUAGAAAGCUGCAUUAUGGCCAUUUCGUAGUUACAAAGUAGUGCCAGUUUCUUCUAAUUACAGUAUAUUGGUUUUAAAAAGAUGGGAUGCAGGAUUCAGAAUUUGCAAGUUACACCCUGAGUAUUUGGUUAUGUGCUUUCAUGUAAGUGGAAUUAAAAUGUUAAAAGGAA